UGCCUGGGACAUGGGCAAAGAAGUCAACGAAAUAUUGGAGACAAUAAAAACAUAUGCAAUUCACAACCGUAGCAAUGUGGUAACGGAAGCAGACAUUUACCAUGCCCUCAAGGAUGACGACGAUUAUGGCAGUAUUCUUUGUAUGUCGUUGCCUGCGAAAGAACCUGGAGCACUUAAAGGAGGGCAUGCUGCCGCAUGUACCGACACGCAUUGUCCGUCGGCGACAGCGAAAGCCGGAUCUGGCUGGCAAUGGGAAGAGAUAGUGGAGCUGAAGCCCCCCAAACGGUUUCCGCUUACCAAAGAGCAGCAAGCCUUCUACCAAACAAUCAUCCAUGCGUGUUGGGGAGAUGACGAGGAUGCGCUAGCCCACGCACUGAAGUCAUUGCAAAUAGAUCCGAGCUUAGAGUACAUACUUCCCCAGUUGACCACGCACAUAGUAGACGGAAUCGAUGAGGGUCUCUAUGACAAGGAUGUGUAUCAGUGCAUCGUUCCGCUACUCAUGGCUCAAGCUCUUGUGAAGAAUCGUAGGAUCACUUUCAACAAGCAUUUCCACCUAAUCCUACCUAGCGUACUCUCGUGCUUGCUCAUUCAGGAGGCAUUCGAGAAGGAGGACGUUGAGGGCAAUGAGUUUCACUGGUACCUCAGGGAGCUGGCCAGUCGCAUAAUGGGCGAUAUUGUGAGGGUCAUCAAGAGCUACAAUUUGCUCGGUAGAAUUAUUCGGCUUUUAAUUAGCGGUCUUCGCCGCCACGGAAAUUUAUUUACGAUUUAUGGGGCCGUCGUUGGCUUUGGCCAAUUGGGAAGUCUUGUCGUAGCAGACUAUCUGCUACCGGAAUUAUCGAAGUUAUCGGAAUUCAUGUACGCUGGAGGCAGGAAUCCCAGAGUGGAAGAGGGAGCCUUAAAGAAUAUAUGGUAUCGGCUGAUUAAAUUAUGUUCUACGGUGCUCAAAACUGUAAGCACACCACCCAAUGAAAUGGACAAAUAUGUCGCACAAUAUGGUCAUUUUGGAGAAUAUUUGUACCAAAUGGUUCGUGGACUUCGUGUAAGGGAGCACCGAAACGCAGAAAGAUUAAGGGCCGAAUUGCAACUAGAAGCACAGCAAAAAUUUGAACGCGAAAACAAGGUCGCAGAAGAGCUAUUAGCCAACGUAGAGGCACAGAAGGAGAUCACAGCAGAAUUUUGUGCCCGCUUAAAAGCAAAGAGAGUUGCUGACUUACAGGGGCACAAGACCGCUGAAGAAUUAAUGGACUCCGACAGCGAUGAGUAUAGCCCGGAAGCCGAACUAAUAUCCGAAUUAGAAUCAAUGGAAGAAGAAAUAGAUCUUGAGAGCGAAGGGAAUGACGCGGCAGACGAGUUAAUCGCAAAAUUAGCAGCUUUCCAAAAUUCUGAUGAAGAGGGGGAUGACGCAGCCGCAGUAGGCGCCGAAUACGUAGUCUAUGCGGAGGAAGAAAAAGACGAUUUAGAUGCCGAACUAUCAAUAAUGUAUAGGUCUGAUUCCGAGGUGGACAACGAAGACGAAAUUGAAGAUGAAGAUGACGAAGAUGAAGAUGAAGAUGAAGAUGAAGAAGUAGCUACGAAGGCGAAAAACCCACACACUGGAGUAGCGACGGAGGAAUUCGAAAUCGAUUUAAAGUUUUGGAGAGCGGCAAAGAUGAACUCGAGCUCUAAGGUGCAAAGCUCUGAAUUGGAAGAAAAUGAAUAUACUACUGACGACGAAGACCCAGCAGGCAAAUAUUUUACUGACAGCAGGUAGUAAGUAGUCAGUAGCAAAAUCUGGCAAUCUGCUGGCCAAACUUCCCGGAACCUGAGUCCAUACACCAACUAAAAACACAGUUCUCAGGCUCAAAACCUAAUAUAGGUGAUUCGAAAAAAAAG